CCCCAGCUUUCUGAAUGCUUUCUGCACUGCCAUCGCCUCAAAGAACUCUUCGUCCUCUUCGUCUUUCCGAUCACUGUUUUACAUCUCUAAGGUUUUUCUGCAAAAUGGCACGAUCGGCCCUUGAUGAAAUGUCUACAACUGGCGCUUUUGUAAGAACAGCUUCAACAUUUCGCAAUUUGAUUUCACGAGAUCAAUCCUCCCAAUUUCCAGCAGAAUCAGGGAGAUAUCAUCUUUACAUUUCAUAUGCUUGUCCUUGGGCUUCCAGAUGCCUUGCAUAUUUGAAGAUCAAAGGACUCGAAAAGGCGAUCAGUUUCUCGUCAGUCAAACCAAUUUGGGAAAGAACCAAGGACACUGAUGAUCAUAGGGGAUGGGUUUUUCCUGGUUCUGAUACAGAGGAGCCUGGGGCUGAACCUGACCAUUUGAAUGGAGCUAAAAGUGUAAGAGAUCUGUAUGAACUUGCUAGUUCAAAUUACACUGGAAAGUACACAGUUCCUGUUCUAUGGGACAAGAAACUGAAAACCAUUGUUAACAAUGAGAGCUCAGAGAUAAUUCGUAUGCUUAAUACUGAAUUCAAUGAUAUAGCAGAGAAUCCAGCUCUAGAUCUGUAUCCUCCUCACUUGCAAGCCCAAAUUGACGAGACUAAUGGAUGGAUAUACGACGCCAUUAACAACGGUGUCUAUAAGUGUGGUUUUGCAAGGAUGCAACAGCCCUAUGACCAGGCUGUGAAAGAGUUGUAUGAAGCUCUGGACAGAUGUGAGGACAUACUUUCCAAGCAACGUUACCUCUGUGGGAACACACUGUCCGAAGCAGACGUUCGGCUGUUUGUCACCAUCAUAAGAUUUGACGAGGUUUAUGCAGUUCACUUCAAAUGUAAUAAGAAACUGCUACGAGAGUAUCCAAAUCUGUUCAAUUACACCAAGGAUAUAUACCAAACUAAAGGGGUAAGCAGCUCUGUUCAUAUGGAACACAUAAAGAAGCAUUAUUAUGGAAGCCAUCCUCAAAUCAAUCCAUUUGGCAUCAUUCCUCUUGGCCCCAAUAUUGAUUAUACUUCUCCUCAUGAUAGGCAUAGAUUUUCCUCAUAGUUUUGCAUUGUAAAUGCUAUCUGUCACAAAAAAAUUGUGUGCUUGUAUUUUAUGGUAGAGAUUAAACAUAAAAGAUAGGUACGUUUCGAGUUCUACGUUUUUUGAUAAUACGACAUCACACGUAAGACGAAAGGUUUGAGCUUACAAUCUCGUAGAAGAAGUAGAAAUGGUUUAGCCACUACGAGUUUUGUUGUGUCAACUCUUAUGAAAAGGUUUGGUGUGCUUGUGUUUGUUAGUUUGUAACUUGGUUUUUGUCUAAGUUGAACUUAUUUGAAAUUCAAUAAAAUUACAUUUGAAUUGUUGUCCUUAAA